AUGCAGCUGUUGUACAAGUUUAGUGUUAAAAUAAAAAAGAAAAAGCGAAUAAUUCACUAUUUCACAAAAAAUAUAUUGCUGAUAUUAACAUUUUAAAUGUUGCCCCCGUUUAAAGUAGCAUUACGGGGCUAAUCCAAUCCACUGCACUCACAGUUCGCCUCAAAAUAUGAUAAGAACUUAAACGCUGCAUUUUCUACCGGCCUUUUGUCGAUUUAUUGUUGCACUUUGAGAACUUAAUGCACAGCAAACGUGUAACGAAUUGAUAUACAGAUAAUUAUUAUUGUGUGCAUUGUGGAACUUAUUAACGCAAAUGCUUAAAUGUCCAGUUGAAGUUAAAGAAAAGAACCAAACUGCCAGAGUGUGAAUCAAAAAUGAAAUUUGAAUGCUUGUUGCUGUUGUCGUGGCUGUGGGCGGCAACUGGUGACGAUGUCACGAUCUUUGCCAAAAAUCGUUCCCGCCGUGCCUCCAUUGAGAUAGAUGCCAAUAAGGCUGCUGCUGCUGCCACGCAGCUGCACAGCAUCAUCGAUCUGGCGGACUGUCAGGAUCUGCACAAAUAUUGCACACACCAGAAGACCAGCGACAAUUUGGCCAUGCUCGAGUGCGUAUUGAGUUUCAGUUCCAGCCAGCUGGAGGCGCUGCCGGAACCAUGCCAGCAUGCGCUGUGGCUGCAGCAACGUCAGCUGCAGUUAAAUUCUUGGGUGGAACACACAUUGCUGCCCAGCUAUUGUGCUGAAGAGCAGAGCAAGUUGUUAGGCUGCCUAAACUCUGUCGAUCUGUGGGCCUGCCUGGAGGAUAAGCGUCAGGAACUGCCACAGAGCAACACCUGCCAGCAGCAGCUGCGCCGCGCACACACGGCCCUGGGUGAGGACUAUGCCAACAUUGAUGACUUCUAUACAGCUUGCGGUUCUCUGGUUGAGCAGCAUAAAUGUGGACGCAUGAAUGUGGAGCAUUUACCAGCCCUGCUCUCCCAGCUGGGCACUGCCCAAUGCCUGGUGGCGCAUUCGAGUCAAACAUCGCCCAUGGACCUCAACUGCAAAGUGGCUAUAAAUGCCAUUGAGCAGCAACGUGGCAUGCUGGAGCUGUUUCGGGUUUGUUCCGGGGACCUGACGGCACUCUGCCCACAAGAACGCGCCGGUACACCAAGUGCGUUGAAAUGUCUGGUGCGUCACAAGAACGAUCCAUCACUGAGCAGCCACUGUGCGGGGCAGAUAUCGUUGCGUGAUCAGCAAAUGGGACGUGAUUAUCGUGUGUCACAUGGUCUAGCCAAGGCCUGCAAGGAUGAAAUCAAGCUACAUCAUUGCCGACGCGGCGUUUCCGAGGACAAGCAGGUGCGACUGGCUCAAAUCUUGCUUUGCCUAGAGUCUGUGGCAAAGAACGGCACCAAAGUGGCUCCCGAGUGCCUUGUAGAACUGAAUGACCAUCGGCGCAUGUUGAUGACCGACUAUCAGCUAUCGCCGGAGCUGCUCAGCGACUGCGCUGACGACAUACCCAAAUUCUGUCCGGACGAGCACAAAUCGCAACUGGUUAACGGCCUCUCCAGCUCUGGCGGCGAAAUAAUACACUGUCUGAUGUAUCAUGUGCGUGCGCGGCGGCCACAGCGACGUGUGACAUCUCAGUGCCAGCGUGGACUUGAAACGCUUAUCAAGGUUAGCGAUGCGGGCGAGGAUUGGCGCGUCGAUCCCGUACUGAGACGAGCCUGCAAAAAAGUUGUGGAUGUCGCCUGCAAGGAUGUUGAGGGCGGUGAAGCGCGUGUCAUGAGCUGCCUAAUGGAGCGCAUAGGCACGCCCGUUAUGCGGCCUGAAUGUGAGCAGGCGCUGCUUAUCAUUGAGUAUUUUGUGGCGCGCGACUUUAAGCUGGAUCCACAGCUCUACAAGCACUGUCGCGACGAUGCCGUCAAGUACUGUCGUGCCAAGCGCCAAUGGGACGAUAUACAGGAUGUCCAAAUGGAUCCCGAACGUGGCCCCAUGAUACUGCCCUGCCUGCAUCGCAUGGCCUAUAGCGAGGAUGAGCAUCAGACGUUGCGCAAGGACUGCUUUAGGGAAGUCAAGCGUGUGAUGCGGCAGCGUGCCAUUUCCGUGGAUCUAAUACCCGAGGUGGAGGAUUAUUGCCUCUCCGAUUUGUCGCAAUACUGCGGCGAGCUCACAGAAAAGGGCACCGAAAUGGAGUGCCUGCAGAACAUGCUUGAGAAACUGCAGCCCGAAUGUAAAACGGUGGUGACCAAAUACACGGAAGAGGAGGCCGCUCACGUCGAACUGAAUCCGGUUAUUAUGGCUGCUUGUUCGGAGGCAAUGCAAAAACAUUGUACGGAAAUACUUAAUACCGGCAAGGAUAAUGGCAACAUGAUGGACUGCCUUAUCUCGCACAAAAACGACGCCGAUUUAAACAAAGGUUGUCGCGCCGCCAUUGAGCACUUUCAGAUAAUCUCACUGAAGAGCUAUCAUUUUACCACCAAGUUCAAGGAGGCGUGCCGUCGACAUGUGGUGCGCUUCUGCGGGGCCAGCGCCACCAAAAAUGAGGUGGUUGCCUGCCUGAGUGAAGUCAUUCGCAACGAUACCAUACGUUUGCAACGCCAUCAGAUACCCAAAGAUUGUCGGCAACAGGUCAAGUCGCAGCUGUAUCAGCAGCGCGAAAGUAUUGUGCUAGAUCCCAAGCUGGGCAAUGCCUGCAAGAAUGAAUUAAAGGAGUUCUGUUCAGAUCAAAAAGGCCCCGGUCAGGUGAAUAAAAAUGCCUUGGAAUGUCUUAUACAAAAAACCUCAAACCUGGGUAAGGCCUGCCAUCAUGCGAUAUUUAUGAUCAAGCGCUCGGAGCUGGGUGACAGUGGCACGGACUACACACUGAUCAACACCUGCAAGGACAUGGUCUACAAAUUUUGCCCCAACACAGAAUCUGUGCAGCUAUUGGACUGCCUGAAGACCUACAAGGAUGAUCCCAACUUUGACCAGCGCUGCCACUUGGUAGUCGUCAAUCGAAUGAUCGAACAAAAUACAGACUUUCGUUUCAAUCCUACGCUGCAGAUGGCCUGUGGGAAGAACAUUGAUCGCUACUGCUCCAAUAUUGUGGCCACAGCACAGCCAAAUGAGGAACUCAAUGGCAAGGUUAUUAAAUGCUUAAAGGACAAAUUCAGGCAAUCGAAAUUGGAUAGGCCAUGUGCCCAGGAAAUGAUCAAAAUACUGCAGGAGCAGGCAUUAAACUAUAAGUUGAAUCCUGUGCUCCAGCACUUUUGCAAAUCUGAGAUACAGGAACUGUGCAACGCGGAUAUGGAAGCAGAUGAGCAUGGCCAGGUGGAGGAAUGCCUGAAGGCCGCCUUUCUGCGCAAGCAACUCAUCAAUCGCGAGUGCCAACUGGAGGUGGCCACUCUGAUAGCCGAGGCCAAGGCGGAUAUACACGUCGAUCCCAUACUGGAAUCGUCAUGCACUGUGGAUCUACUGCGUUACUGCAGCAAAGUCAUCAGCGGCGACGGACGUAAACUGAGUUGCCUACGCACACUGUUGCGCGAGACGCCGAACUCCCUGGAGUUGGAUUGCCGUGAGAAGCUGGAGAGACGCAUCGAAAUGUUUCGCAAUGCGGACGAUGCGCUAGCCCAGCCACCGGAGGACAUGCAGCAGCUGGUGCAACAGGUGGUUACAUCGCCGGCACGAAAGUUCUUCCUUGUGAUAUUAAUGAGCGCCACGGGCUUGGUCUUUCUGACGGGCAUCUUCCUUGGACGCGCCACCAAACGUGCAAUGGGCUUAAAGAAUAAAUAAUGUGAACCGACUGUAGUUAAUACUUAUAUGAUGGUAGCUGAUAUAUUGUAUCGCGAAAUGUGUGUAGGAUAAAGAUGUGCGCUUCCCUCGUUUACCCGCGCUUUAAAUUUUCCAUUUUUGGACCUCUUCCCACUGCAAUCAGCUAUUUUUUGAGAGCAAUUUGUGGCCUAAUCGUUUGUAAGACCAAAAAAGUGUAAUUCAUUUCACAGAAAACUUAAGUAAAUAAGUAAUUUGUACGUUGUA